AUGGACGAUGAAACACUAUUGAAAUAUGAGCUCGCAGAGAUCGAGUUUGACAAACGUCAACUACAGCUUGAACGUCGGGAGCUGGAGGUCAAACGACGCUUGGAGCAGCUCAAGAGAACAGUCGACUUGACUGAGGAUAGCGCCAGCUCGACAGAAGAUGUUGUCGUGGUCAAAUCUGAGGCUGAGCCCGUCGGUACUGAUAAAACUCCCACGAGCACGCAGGAUCGAUCUUCUGCCGAACUCCAAACCGACGCGACCGUAGCCUUCUCCGCCCCAGAGGAUCCUACUGUUGGUUCGGUCGAGACUACCGCCACCCAGGAGCUGCAAAAAGAGCUGGACAAAAGUGGGAGUGAAAAGGGAACACCUCCUCGCACACAGUUCGGUUUGCAUCAGGGGUCGAGUCCUGAAGAAGCUCGGUUAGAACAGGAGAUGAAGAGGGGCCAGUCUUCAGUUUACGACCCAGAAUCUGCCUCUCAGAGGAGGUCUCCGGAAAGCCACGAAGAUCUGUUAGCAGCGUUCACCGGUCGACCGCCUGCUCAUUCAAUGAAAGUAACGCACACACGAAAGCAAAGACGGCGAGCCGACGACCUAUUCGUUCGGUCGGAAUCUGGCACUGAGGCCGAAGUAAGUGAUUCGACGGGCGGGCCAGGCAUCAGGGCGAAACGGAGACGAAUGUCUCAAAAGGACGAAAAGCAGCCUGUCGACGACUCCGCCCCUAUGACCGAGUCUCAGAAGUACGAUUUGGUUCAGCAUUAUACCCAACUCCUCCUUAAGCACAUGGCGGCUGUCGAAUCUGACCUACCAGAUUAUUCUCAAAAACCAACAGUGGUGUCAAAGAUGCGCAGGAAUACAAACGGAAAGGCACAUCAUACGCUCUCCCUCCUUCACGACGAAUUUGAAGAGUGUAUAAAGACAAAUGCGAAAAAUAAAAAGCUUCGCCAAAUUUUAAGUGAGGAGUUAAAGAAAUUUCGUGAAGUUCAACGCUGGUGGUGGCCGAAAUGUCAAGCGCUGAGCAAGCAGCAAGAGAGGACUUCUUUUCUCUUCAAAGUCUUCCGAGAUAUCGUGGAGAACAGGUUCAAAAUCGAGGAUUGCAUGAUGACUACCGAUUGA